AUGGCAUUACAGCGUGAUAGAUAUGGCUUUGAGUUAGAACACCAAUUCCACGACCCGCCGGAGAGCGACUCCGAUGAAGCGGCCAAUUUUCUGGAAUAUGAGAAUUAUGGAGAGGAGCCGCUGCUCCGGGGGUUGGAGGAGACCAUCCACCGACUUGCCAAGGAGCGAGAAGUCGAGAGAUUAUUCGAAACCAUCCGUCGCGAGAAGGCCGUCACAUUUGAAGCCCCGCAACCUACCCUACAACCGGGCGACAAGCCCGGAGUGGCCCUCCGCCUAACCGAACACGCCAUGAAAUACUUGAAACAGAAAUUCUUGGCCGUCCUUCGACACGACCUCAUCCGAAGUCACCCACCUCGGCUUGAAGCUUCGAUUCUUGGAGCAAACUUGACGGUAGAUGAGGUGCAGGUUGCGGACUUUCAGGCGCCAAUGAUCAGCACGGAGCUCCGCGGCCAAUACCUGAACAUCUUCCGCACCACCCGCCAAGGCCAAUUCGAAGCCGAACUCACCGGACUUGACGUCGAGCUGAAGCUCAAAUUCCUGAAGACGUUCGAGGGUCGCCUGAAGGAAACCCUAACCCGACGAGUCCAAGCAGCCGUCUGCCCGGCUUUCGACGCCUCGCUGAAGAACUUUGAGGAGAACCUGCCCCAGCUGGCCCACUUCCUCAACCCCCUCUCCACCGCCAAGCAUUUCAGCCAAGACGUUUCGUUCGACACCCGACUGACUGCCGAACCGGAGGUGGCCUCAAGCUACGCCCAGCUCGCGAUCCGAGGCGAAUUCUCGAGCAACCGGACGACCAUCGAGGAGAAGCCGCACCAUUUGGCGACCUCCCCUUCUGACAUCGAGCGUAUGGCCUACACCUACAUCUCGGACCAUACCGUUUCCACCUUCCUGCGUCAACUGUCGACAUUCGGAGACGUCCGCUUCAAUCUGCACGUCCUCCCGGAGAUUGCCGACUUUUUGAGGCCCAGCUGCGCCAAGUUCGAGCCCUGCAUCGGGCAUUACGCCCAGCUGGACGGGGUAAAUGCGGCUAGCGGUCGUCUCGUCGUUCGCUCGCGUGCUUCACCGAAGGUCCGAUUUCAUCCGGGUCACGCGGCUAUUCGUCUCAAGACUACUGUAGAAUUGAGCUAUCGCCCCCAGGACGAUCUCUUCACCGAAGACACCCUCUACGCCCAAUUUGACGCUGAGGUCGUGCUCAAGCUCACAAAGUUGCUUAUCCGACGGGGAAGAGCACCCGGCACCUACGAAUGGUCCGCCCGGGUCCACAUCCUCGAGACUACGGUGUCGAACGGAGUCGCAGUGAAACCGGUCAUGGACAAGUUUAUCGGCAAUUUGCAGUCGAUUAUGGACAAGUCGACGGAGUACUUGGAGGCAAUCCUCUCCACCCAUCUCGGCUCGCUUCUUCCCGUGGAGCUGUCGAAGCACGUGGAGCUCGACAAAAUCGAGCCCGAGUUCCGAGACCGGACGCUCGCCGUGGGCUUCGAUUUUGAGAUGGAUGCGCAGUUGUUUCCCCGGUUACAACAUGCC